AUGCAGUGUUUGGAAGUGUGGAGCAACUCAUCGUGUGCCGACGACGCGGGCCUGGACCCGGCGCUGGUGGCAAGAUGCGACAUCUCGGAGGAGGCCACUCCGUACCCCAACGCCCCCAGGGGGGAGUGGACAACGGGGCUGUGCGGCUGCUUCGAGCACUUUCCUUCGUGCGUCACGGCGUGCCUGUGCACCUGCAUCACCGUGGGCCAGGUGGCCCAGGCUGCACGUCUCUUCAAGGGCGUGUUCUACGCGGUCGUCGCGGCCUACCUCAUCGACUGCGUCUUCGGCUUCGGCGGCAUCCUCAUCAUGCUCUGCGGGACGUACGCCAUCGCCAAGUCCCGCUCUCGGGUCGCCAGGCACUACGGGAUACCCAUCAACAAGUACGGGAACUGCUGCCUCUCCUUGUGGUGCGGCUGCUGCGUGGCACGUCACCUGUUCGCCUGGGACAGCAAGAACUACGGUCGGUGCCAGGGCUGGCUGGAGUGCGGCCCGAGACCCUAUAGCCAGUGGACUCAGGUGUCGACGGGAAAAUCCACCUGCAACGUCGGGGGGCAAUCGCCGGUGCCGCCCUCCCACCAGGAGUUCCAGUUCCAGCAGAACGCUACUACCACCGUACCCGUUCCACCCGCCUACGACCAGAUGGUGACGCCCUCCUACGACCAGGUGGUGAAGGGGCACGCGCCGAGCGCCGUUGCCCCGAUGGACCGGUGCUAGCGAAGCCUUGGG